AGGUCCUAUAGUUGCCAAUAUCUGCCAUAAUUACUCUACAUACCGUUAAGAGUAUCACCAGGAAUACUAUCAAGAUGUUGAAAUUUGGCAUAAAUUUUGCCCAACACUACGUGCAGUGUGCGCUUUGUGACCGGAGCGCGGAAUACUAUUGCUACAUCUGCGCCGAGAGAUUGUGUCUGGCAUGUCGCGACCACCACAUCCAAAGCGACACCACCACCUUCCAUGCUAUUGUUCUGUACCAGGACAGGCAGCCAGCACCUUCUAAAACAGAGCCCUGUCGCGUUCAUCAAGAAUUUUGCUAUGAAAUGGCCUGUGAGUUAUGCAAACUACCAGUCUGCUCAAGAUGCAAGGAAGAAGACCACCGAAGCCAUACGUUCAAAAACAUUAACGACGCAUUAAAGGAAUCGGAAAAGCGUUGCAAUAUUAAGAUUCAGAACAUCAAAAAGGCCAUCAUACCAAAAUGGCGGGAUACACUAUCCACUUUGAGUGAAGAAAAAGUUGAAUCAAAAGAAGAAAUCUCUAAAAUUAGAUCACAAUUGCAAGAUGAUGCAAAGAAACUGAAAGAUUUAGUGGACGUUAUUGUGGAGAGAAACUGUCGAAGUCUGGAUUGUGAGGAAGAGCGAAUUAAUGAUUACUUGGAAAGGCAGGCAACCCUCAUAUCAGGAUACAUUACAAACAAUGAACAGUUAAUCGAUAACUAUGAGGAUAAGAAGAGGGGACCUUACGAGAAACUGAUGCUGCGGAAAGAGAUUUUCGAGUCUGAUGUCAUGGAAUUUGAAGAAACAAACUUAAAAAGGCCAGUUUAUCUCAGAGAAAAUGUAAGUGAGGACAACGUGGCAAACCUUCUUGGAAAAUUGUCAAUUCCUGAGAGCACAUUGCCUCAAGAAAACAAGAAUCAUGUCGAGUCCAACCCAGUAAGCAUUGCAUUCAAACUGCCUUUUUCUGAUGCAAGGCAUAUUUCAUAUGUCCUAAAUAACAGGUUAUGGAUAGGAAAUGGAGAUGGCCAGAUUGUUCUCACAGAUGAUACUGGUGAAGUCUUAGGCAAGAUAAACACCGCCCAAAUAAAUAAUCAGCACGGCUGUCACACAGUAACUAAGGAAGGAGAUUUACUUUACAUCGACCGAUUCAACAAUAGCAUCAAGAAGUAUACUUCAUUGAGAAUGAAAACCACUUUCAUUGUCACAGGAGAUUGGACGCCAUUAUGUAUCUUCUCUUCCCCCAAGAACGGAGCUAUUCUUGUAGGAGAGUAUCAAAGUAUGUUGGCUAGAGUAACCCGAUACGACAAGGAGCGGGGCGAGCCGUGGUCGAUUCAGUUUGACGCCGAGGGUAAUCCUCUUUAUCAAUCCCCUCUUUACAUUACAGAAAACUUGAACGGCGAUAUCUGCACGUCAGAUGGCUGUCCAAAUAACGCUGUGGUGGUGGUGAACAAAGACAGGAACCACCGGUUCACGUACAGGGGACACGAAGGAGAAUCCAAUUUCUACCCCCGGGGAAUAUGUAUCGAUGAUCAGGGACGGAUUCUAGUCAUCAAUGAGCAUAACAGUAUCCAUGUGAUUGAUCAAGAUGGUCACUUUGUAACUUUCUUGCUCACAAAAUGUGAAAAGACAGGACUACAGUAUAACGUUGGAAUAUGCAUAAAUGAAAGCAACACUCUUUGGACAUGCGGAAAAAAUGAAGUGAGAGUUUUCAAACUAUCUGAUGUUAUGUGAAACAAGA